GAAGGAUGCGGAGUCCAGCCAAUGGGGAGCACUGACGCACAGACCAGGUCCGACGCGAAGGAAGGCGCGAAACUUCAAUUAACGCGUCCGGAACAGCAACUGCCAUGGUCCGAGAUAGUUACGGUCUGGAGCACGACAACUCAUUCACCUCCCACAACGGUGUUCGGAUGAACUCCCCCCUCCAACCCUAUACACGCAAGGCUUUACUUAUAUCCUGUCUUUUUGUUAUACCCUCUACAGAAUCGAUAACGUCUACUGCUUCCUUCAAAUAUUGGCAGAAGAACGUUCUUGAUUCCUUCCUGAUGGUUACGAGUCUUGUCUCGGCAUUCCUUUGAUUUCCCCCGUCCCAAUACAUUACGAAGUUUACCUGAAUUGGUCCAGCAUGGAGGUGGCCAUGGAGAGCGCUCCUCCAGUUUCAUCUUCUCUCUCUCAGUCUUUUCCUCCAUCGCCAACUGCGUCGAGAAAACGGUCUUUCGAACAAGUGGAGGGUUUCGAACCAGACACGAAGCGUACACAGACCUCCAGCGAUGGCAACGAUCAGGAGAACCGUGCCCCUGAACAACAGCAGUCGUCGUCUGGAACAAUCGAGAAGAGUCGCGAUCAGCACGAUGACCCAACUGAACCCUCGGGCGGCCCAAUCGAACGAGGCCGUACACCGGCAAAAGAGACAACGCCGGUCAAUUCGGUUCUAGCGACUAUUUCAACGCCCAAUUCAACCACCUCUGUUCAACAGCCUGCCGGCGCGGGUGCGGCAAGCGCACAGAAGAAACGCAAGCUGUCCCCAGCCAGCAAGGAGGCGAAAAGGAUAGAAAAGGAAGCGAAGGAAAAGCAGAAGCUGGAAGAGAAGGCGAAGAAGGAGGAAGAAAAGCGUCAGAAGGAAGAGGAGAAAAAGAAGCGGGAUGCUGAGCGCGAGGAGGAACGCAAGAAGAAGGAAGAGAAGAAGAAACUCAAGGAGGAAGAGCGGCUAGCUAAGGAAGAGGAGAAAAAGAAGAAAGAGGAAGAAAAGAUGAAGAAGGAAAAGUCCCAAAUGCGACUGAACGCCUUCUUUGCGAAACCAAGCACGACAUCGUCAUCUGCACAAGCAUCUUCAUCUACAAAUCAGGGGUCUCCAAGCAAAGUGGCUACUGCUGGUGCUGUUGAUGGUUCUAGUCAAGACGCACCGGCGAGCGAGUCCACUGACUCAGUAUCGGACUACAAGCGCGCGUUUCCGGACUUCUUCGUACAAUCCCAUACGCAGGUUGCCCCUGUGAAUCGAUUUGAACGUGACGCAGAAGCUCUCCGCCAUCUUCGUGAAAAGCUAGACAGAUCUCUCAAAUCCGGUGGUGAUAGUCUGCCGGAAACGCCAGUAUCAAAACUCGCAGAGAUCUUCAAUAUUGUACCGUACAGGCGCCGCUGUGCCAGACACAUAGUGCCUGUGAAGGAGAUUCUCCUCAAAUGGCAGGAGUCCCAAGACCCGCUCGACCCGACCAAGCCAGGAGCCAAGCCGCAGGACAUGCUCAGGAAAGUGACGAUGAAGACAUUAAAAUUCAGUGAGGACGUGCGGCCCCCUUAUCAAGGCACUUAUACAAAGCGCAUUUCCGAGAAAGAUGCCAUGAAACUCUCCAGAAACCCCUUUCAGCGCCAACUACCAGACACGAAUUACGAUUAUGACUCGGAAGCCGAAUGGGAGGAGCCUGAAGAAGGAGAAGAUCUUGACUCUGAAGGUGAAGAGGAGCUAAGCGACGAUGGCGAUGAUGACAUGGAUGGUUUCUUGGACGAUGACGACGAAAAUCAGAUCGACGGCAAGCGGCGACCCAUUGUGGGUGACUUGGAGCCUGUCUGUAGUGGUUUGCGCUGGCAGGAAGCUGGCAUCGAUCCCGAACUCGAGUCUUACAAGGUCGAAAUCAUAUCUGAAGCAGUACGAUUUCCCAUCGACCCUUUCUCCGGCGCCUACUGGGAGAAACCGAAGGUGGCAGAACGUGCAAAUGCAAAGAGUUCGAUGCCAGCGCCCGCUGUCCCCUCCGGACGCUCGACUCUACAUGCUUUUAUGAAUCUUUCCGGCCAAGGUGCGUCAGUAAGUAGCACCGACGGUCAAGCAGGAGCCGCGUUACCCUGCCAUCCCGCCAGCAAAACAAAGAAAUCAUUCCCUCCAGAGCACCUAGCAGAAUUCAAAGAAGUGGUCGUGGGAAGUGAUCUCACGAAGACGGGUCUCAUUGAGAUCCUAAAGAAGCGAUUCCCAAAGGUCUCCAAAGAUGUCCUUAAGGAUACCCUGAACAGCGUCGCUACCCGUGUGGGCCAGAAAGAAGCUGACAAGAAAUGGGUCUGCAAAUAAGAUAUCGCAUAUUUUUCGAUCGUUAAUAUUUGAGCGAUGCCAAUCAUGUUAUAAUGUGGUCAUAUCGGACGACUGGUGGAGUUACGGCGCUGUUCUUUUUUACAGGCAUUGCGGGACUGCUCUAAUCGAGUCAUCCUGGUUAAUCAUUUCUACGAGGAAUAUAUUGCUAUAUGUCUGCUGGGUCUUGACAUACUGUGAGCAUUUUACAUUUGUACGAGACAAACUAGCGAAAGGUGUAGGGGUCAUUGUUUAUGUUGGGGUUGUGCAAUCUACUCAGCUUAGUGAUAUAGAUGUAUGCUCUUGCAGGGCUGAAUUUGUGAUCCGACUCGACUUCUAGUCAAUGGCAAUAAAUCAUCAACUUUGGUC